UCACCAAAUUAAAUCUCAGCCAUCCAUCUCGCCUUCUCAACCUCUUUAUAUGCCCCCCUCUCUUCUCCAUUGUUUUAUCCAACUUAAUUGCAAACUCUCCCUCUCUCUCUCUCUCUCUCUCUCUCUGCGUCAUCUUUGGUUUCUGCUUUCACCAGACUUGAUCAUCAUCAUCAACAGCAAUGGCUUGUCUGGAUGCCAUUCACAAAGAGGGAAAGUUGAAUGGGGAAGACGUAGGAGAAGAGAUGACACUGGAUGGAAGUGUGGAUAUGCAUGGCCUCCCUGCAAUCCGCAGAAGAUCUGGACUUUGGGUCGCUGGAAUCGUCAUUCUCUUGAAUCAAGGUUUGGCAACGCUUGCAUUCUUCGGGGUAGGCGUGAACUUGGUGUUGUUCCUAACAAGGGUUCUUCAACAAGACAAUGCCGACGCCGCCAACAGCGUCAGCAAAUGGACCGGAACCGUUUACAUCUUCUCCCUCGUCGGCGCCUUCCUCAGCGAUUCCUACUGGGGCCGAUACAAAACCUGCGCCAUCUUCCAAGCCAUCUUUGUCAUCGGCUUGGUACUGUUAUCAAUAGCGUCACACCUUUUAUUGCUUAAUCCGAGGGGUUGCGGCGAUCAGAACACGAAAUGUGGUUCUCAUUCGAGCCUGGAAAUAGGGAUGUUCUAUGUGUCGAUUUACAUGGUUGCCCUAGGGAACGGAGGUUAUCAGCCUAAUAUCGCAACGUUUGGGGCUGAUCAAUUCGAUGAAGAGCAUCCCAAGGAGGGGCACUCGAAGGUGGCUUUCUUCAGCUACUUCUACCUGGCUUUGAACCUUGGCUCCCUCUUCUCCAACACCGUAUUAGGUUACUAUGAAAAUGAAGGGAUGUGGGCGCUUGGAUUCUGGGCCUCUACGGCGUCUGCUUUUGCGGCGCUGGUCUUGUUUCUCGCCGGGACAGCCAGAUACCGCCGCUUCAAGCCCACCGGCAACCCCCUUUCCAGGUUCUGCCAGGUGUUGGUUGCUGCAGGGAAGAAAUGGAAGGUUGAGAUGCCGCCGGGUGAAAAGGAUCUGUAUGAAGUGAACCAGAAAGAGAAGUGUUCAAGCGGGGCAAGGAAGAUACUACAUACCGACGGAUUCAAGUUCUUGGACAAAGCAGCAUUUGUCACACCCAGGGAUCUAGACUCCAAGCAACAGGGCUUGCACAAUCCAUGGCGGCUCUGCCCCAUUGGACAGGUAGAAGAGGUGAAAUGCAUACUGAGAUUACUGCCAAUUUGGCUGUGCACAAUCAUAUACUCGGUGGUCUUCACCCAAAUGGCUUCCCUCUUCGUCGAGCAAGGUGCAGCCAUGAACUGCAAAAUUUCAAAGUUCCAAAUCCCGCCUGCCAGCAUGUCCAGCUUCGACAUCGCCAGCGUGGCAGUCUUCAUUUUCUUCUAUCGUAGAGUGCUCGAUCCACUGGUGAGCAGGAUCAAGAAGAAAAAUUCUGAGGGACUUACCGAGCUUCAGCGGAUGGGAAUUGGGCUCAUCAUAGCAAUAACGGCAAUGGUCUCUGCUGGAAUUGUAGAGUGUUACAGGCUCAAGUAUGCUAGGAAAGACUGCGCUCAUUGUGAUGGCUCGAGCUCCCUGAGCAUUUUCUGGCAAAUCCCUCAAUAUGCCCUUAUUGGGGCCUCUGAAGUCUUCAUGUACGUUGGCCAGUUGGAGUUCUUCAAUGCACAGACACCGGAUGGGCUGAAGAGCUUUGGAAGCGCGCUCUGCAUGACAUCGAUUUCUCUAGGAAACUAUGUGAGUAGUUUGCUCGUGACAAUAGUUAUGAAAGUAUCAACCACAGACAACAUGCCUGGUUGGAUCCCCGGAAAUCUCAACCGGGGUCAUCUAGAUAGGUUCUUCUUCCUCCUGGCGGCUCUGACGGCUGUAGAUCUAGUUGUCUAUAUCGCAUGCGCUAAGUGGUACAAGAGUAUCAAACUCGAGGCUAAAUUUAUAGAGGAGGAUGACCUUUCCGAUGUAUAAGAUGAAUUAGAAGUGUUUCUGUCAACGAAUACAUGCUGGAACUUGAAAUAACUUGAGAAAAUUUCAGUGCA